GAUUGGCUGAGCCCAUUGAACAGGCUGCAGUUCACCUCGUGACUUCUCGUCUGCUUGACUUUCUCCCACCGCCUUCGAAGCUUUAACAAGUGAUCAUGGUGAACACUUUGCUUUUGUUGGCUUCUCUGUCGGCCGUUUCGUCUUUUCACCUGCUCGAACAAGACGAGUUUCACUUCAAAUCAUGGAUGGCACAGCACAACAAAGAGUACAACAUGAAGGAGUACCACAAGAGACUCCAGAUAUUCACUGAGAACAGGAGGAGGAUCGACAAGCACAAUGAAGGAAAUCACUCUUUCACAAUGGCACUGAACCAGUUUUCAGACAUGACGUUUGGUGAAUUUAAAAGUGCGUUCCUCUGGUCUGAGCCACAGAACUGCUCUGCUACCAAGGGGAACUACCUCAAAAGCAACGGACCACAUCCUGACUACAUCGACUGGAGAAAGAAAGGAAAUUACGUGACUCCUGUGAAGAAUCAGGGAGGUUGUGGUAGUUGCUGGGCUUUUUCCACAACCGGCUGUUUGGAGUCUGUGACAGCCAUCAACACUGGGAAGCUCAUACCGCUGUCAGAACAGCAACUGGUUGACUGCGCCCAAGACUUCAACAACCAUGGAUGCAAUGGUGGCCUCCCAAGUCAAGCAUUUGAAUACAUCAUGUUUAACAAGGGACUGAUGACAGAGGAGGACUACCCAUACACGGCUUUUACAGGUGCUUGUUAUUAUAAACCAGAAAUGGCGGCUGCUUUUGUGAAGGAUGUGGUGAACAUCACAGCGUAUGAUGAGAUGGGGAUGGUGGACGCGGUCGGCACACGCAAUCCUGUCAGUUUUGCCUUUGACGUGACCUCUGACUUCAUGCUGUACUCCCAGGGCGUGUACACCAGCACUGAAUGUGAGAGUACAACAGACAAAGUGAACCAUGCUGUGCUAGCAGUCGGGUAUGGAAGUGAGAACGGCACCCCUUACUGGAUAGUGAAGAACUCAUGGGGAUCCAGCUGGGGAAUUAAUGGAUACUUCCUCAUUGAACGUGGGAAGAACAUGUGUGGACUCGCUGCCUGCCCAUCUUUUCCUCAGGUGUGAUCACUGCCUGAUAGCAAACUGCGAAAGGACUGAAAAUAGUCAAGAAUUAUUACUACAUUAAUUAUUACUACUAAUUAUUAGGUUGAUUUUUAUAUUACUGUGUGUUCAUUGACAGUUUGUUUUUGUACAGUGGAGAAAGCACUAUAACUGGGUCCAUUGUAACCAUGUGCACACUAAUCGGUAAAUGAAAUGAAAUAAUUACUUAAGUACCAAUCAUUCAAAUCACUGUACAAAAAUGCACCAAUAAAAUCUUUUAAAUCUG